GAUAGGUUAGCUCUGCGUUCCAAAUCUCGGAUUCAAGCCUUUGGUAGGCUAGUUCUGUGUGCCAAUCCUCCGGAAGGCUGUUUCUGCGUUCCAUACCCUGGAUAGGCUAGUUCUGCGUUCCAAGCCUCACAGAUGAGCUCAACGGCUCCUCCUUUAGUCUGUAUGUACAUGGCAUAAGUGGAGAAUGAUAACGAGCGAGUAAGCUGCUGUAUAGUAGGACAUCUCAUAGACAUCUACAUCAGGUAGCUGAGUGGUGUAUGUUGUACAGCCUGAUAGGAAGGGACCCAGGCUGCUGCUGCUGCUGCUGCUGCAUGAGAGGCAGACCUGUCAUUUCUUGGAAGUGUCAAGCUGUCUCUUCUUCAAUGGGAAAGGCAGAAAUGGUUACACCGUACAUGUGAUCUGUACAGAAGAGUACACAAACCGGGGAGAAAAUCACCUUGGUGGACUUGGUACUGACUUCUUCUGACUACAAUGGCGGCAGCAGCAGAUCUUCAAGUCUUAAUUCAAAAAUUUCAAAAGCUUUCAGAAGAUGAUUUUAAAGAAGAAGACACCAAUGUGUUCUUAGUGACAUGUCAGAAGUGCUUGGAAGAGGAAGAAGAGUCGGUCUUGCUGGACAUAAUCCAGGAUGAGAAAAACCAGAUCCUCAUCAGAAAUGUGGGAUGGAAUCUUAUUGGACCUGUAACAAAAUGCGUGCAAAACUGUGCGCCCGACAGUGAGCGGGAGAAGACCUGCUUAGAAAUAAUUAACAGCUUGAUACAGCUUUGUAACCCUAAGGAGAUUGUGUUGGGUAUACUUGAGCAGAUUGACGAAGUUGUGGAUUACUUAUCUCACGUUAUUUUGUUUCUGCUACAGCCUCUGCAAACAGUCCUCCUGAAACUUGGAAACAAGAAAUCCUACUCCGUGGGUCUGUCUCUGUCCACACUCCAUUCUCGGAUCGCUAGUCUGCCGGUGCCAUAUACAACAGAGCAGAUGCUGGAGGACAAGCAUUCCCUGUGUCGGUGCUGUCUGGCUUUGGUACAAUUUGCUCAGCCUUUCAUUCAUACUGUCUCACAAACCACAGACCUCUCCAAGGAACCCGAUAUUCAGGCGAUGCAGAAAGAACUGUUGACCUUUUGUUAUAGUUGCUUAAAGUCCCCCCUGCUCUGGGCACAGCUAAACCUGCUACCAGAAGAUGGAUCUGAGAAUCAUUUUCAUGUAUUUGCUAAAGCGAUUAUGGGUUUUCUAUUAUCAUUGGGAGAAUCACUACCCAAGGUGUUUGUGCAACGUGGUAACACAGCCCAGAGGCUGGAGACUGAUGAUUCUGUUCCUGAAAAAGAGACUUAUGAGGCUGAGUCUGUGGCGUGCCUCUCGUACCUGCUGUUUGUCCACCAUAUUGGAAUGGACAGCUUUCCAUUUGUGUUUGGACCAUCAUUUCUGGUAAAGUCUAACAUGGACCAUGUUGUUGUGUUAUUAAAAAGGACCGAAGAAUCAGUAUUGUCCAAAGGGCUUGAGUUAUUGGAGCACAGUUUAUUAAGAGUGGAUAAUGAAAGUCUCCAUGAGGACUUAUUAGAUGUCCGAGCCGUCGGCCAAGUUCUGCAGGAUUUAGUGAGGGUGAUGACCCUUUGUCCUAUAGAACACCUGAGAAAGAAGAGUCUGGCAAUGCUACAGUUAGUGAUUGACAAGUUUUGUGUGGAAGGAAAGUACAAGUUAUUCAGGUGUCUGCUGAAGACCAGUAAUCAUGCCGGUGUGCAGGGUUACAUCAUACACAACAUUAAGACUCAAAUAGACUUAGCAAUGAAGACAAACCACCAGAACAAGUGGUUCUUAGGAACCCGACUAAAUCCACUUCUGCAUUUGUCGCUUUCACUCCCAGAAGGAGCAGAAACUGAUCUACUUCAGAACUCUGACAGAAUAAUGGCUUCGCUAAACCUUCUGAGAUACUUAGUUAUCAAAGAUAAUGAAAAUGAAAAUGAAACAGGAAUAUGGACAGAGCUUUUUAAAAUUGAACAGGAUUUUUUGAAGCCUCUCCACACAGGACUGAAUAUGUCCAGAGCACAUUAUGAAGCAGAAAUAAGAAGCACUAAUGAGAAAAAGAAAGGGUCUCACUCGGAGAAGCCAGUGUGCUGUGUAAGCGCUGGGGGAAACAAACUUCCUGACAUGACUCCUCAAAUGCAGCUGCAGGUUCUACAGUCGGCUCUUUUCACAUUCGAUUUAAUGGAAAGUGUCCUCGCCAGAGUGGAAGAGCUCAUUGAAGUGAAACUAAAAUCUGCACCAGAGGAGAAAAUUGGGUCAAGUAAAGAUGUUUAGGUUUUCUAUUUGGUAUUUAUGAAAUAAACACAGUUCCCUAAUUUA